UUAGAGUUGCGGCGAUGAAGAUCAGCUGCUUGGUACUCUUCUUUGUGACAAACUUGCUAGGAUGCGUCCACCCCUGGCUAUAUCCCUGCAAGCAAAUCAGCUGGGGCAUCUACACGGUGCACAAAAGGUGCAUCCUGGAUGAUGUGGUCAUCCGAACGGACACGGAACUCUACAAAAUCUUUUUCCCACCGGUGGAACUGAUUAUCAACUCGGGCUUCAUUCGUGACUUUAGCAAAGCCGUGGCCGAUCGGCUGAGCAAGAAAACGACCCACCUGACGGUACAGUUUUGUGGGCUAGAGCGAGUGUUUCUGCGCGAUACUUUGGAGAAGGUCAUUCUGAACUAUAACGCGAUUGACGAGGUGCGGUUUGAUUCGGCAAAGGAUUUGAAGGUAUGGGCCCUGCACAUGAUGUCCAACUAUUUGCGGGAUGUUUCGUUUGUGCAGAACAUGACGUCACUGGUAAUAUUGAACUUGAGGAGUAAUUUCAUCGAAACGGUUAGUUGGGAGACGUUUAAAAACUUGAAGUCCCUGGCAACACUGGAACUUGGAAGAAAUCGAUUGAAAACUAUCGACGGUGGGGAUGUUCAAUUGCCAAGUUUGAAGCGUUUGUUACUCGAUCGUAAUAGACUGUUCAGCUUCGAUUUAAGUAAUGCAAACUUGAAGCAAGUGAAUGAGCUUAACAUCUCCUCGAAUGAACUGCUGUCCCUAAAUUUGUUCAACUUCGAGAAAACCUUCCCAGCGCUAGACACGCUGGAUAUCAGCAACAACCCGUGGAACUGCGGUCGUCGCCAACGACUGGAAGACUGGAUGUUCCUCAAAAGAGUCACCAAUCAGCAGUCCAACACGAGUGAAGUUCCCUGCGUCGAGGAUCACUUGCAGACAAUCGCGUUUACAGUACCGGACGGAACGGACCGAUUCCGGGACGACUUCCAGCGGCUGCAGUACUUCUACUACGAUCAGCUCAGCGAACAAGACGCAAAUCAGCGGCUUUCCAUGGCAAAAGCCCGCUCCGGCCGGCUGCAGUAUGAUCUGGGCCUACUAAACAAUUCCGUGCACACAACGGAGCAGAAAAUCAACCAUCUGUUUCGGAUUUACAACCUACGAGCGUCACACAACAUGCAUUAGUCCCUGGGUCUGCAGCAACUGCUGUUGAGUAAUGUGUUAAAAUUUCCUGGACAGAAUCAUAAAGUUGUACACGCCACGCCAUUCAUUCAGUUCUCGCUUCUUCAUCUUGAUCCGUUCCUCCAACGUCAACCGCUUUGCCAGAUCGGAAGUAUUUCCGUUUUCUUAACAAACACGAGUUAAGCCUUCCUUCCGGUCCAAAAGGGUCGCUCGCUGGCCGUUAUUUGGCAAUUAAACAAACCCCCAUACUUUGUGCUCGAACGAAAGUAUGUCAAUAAACGAAAGCACUUUUGUUCUAGCCACGAA